UCGUAAAGGUUUCGUUAAAAGAAAAUCAACAGCGAAAAUUCAUUCAUUCUGAACUAUCGAACAAUGAGUUACUACAGUCAGCAACAGCCUCCGGUUGGCGUUCCUCCUCCUCAAGGUUAUCCAUCCGACGGAUAUCCUCCGAAGGAUGCUUAUCCACCGCCGGGAUAUCCUCCGCAAGGCUAUCCUCAGGGUUAUCCUCCUCAGGGAUACCCGCCUCAGGGAUAUCCUCCUCAAUAUGCUCAGCCGCCUCCUCAACAAAAACAGAGUUCUGGUUUCCUAGAGGGCUGUUUGGCUGCUCUUUGCUGUUGCUGUCUUCUGGAUGCAUGCUUUUGAGGAACAGUCAACUCUUGGCCGCCCGACGCCAGCAUAGGGAAUUGUUCAUCUCUCUUUAAUAAUUAGAUUUGUUAUGUGGUUAAUAUUAGACCCUUUUUUCUUUUAUCUGUAUUUUUUUUCUUUUUCAAAUUUUAUUUCCAACAUGGCAGGCUGUUUGGGUUU